AUGGAAUCAUGGCGGGAACGAGGGUUUGUACCGGACUCCGAUUCAGAGGAGGAGUUCGAUAGCCAGGAAUCACAGAACGUGAUUCGGGAGGCGGAGCAUGAUGACCACGCUUUAGAAGGAGAUGCCGGGGCUCAAAACCCCCCGGCAUCGCAGGACGCAGGGACCUCAAUAAACAACGAAAAGCGACAACAUACCCCCGAGAACAUCGAUUUCGAUGAAAGCCAGUCCGCACGAUCGAGCCCCGAUGCCUUGGAUACGACGAAGCUGUCAGAUAACGAGGAUGGAGAGCCCACACCGAAGGCAAGACCGCGGAGGAGGUGGGAGAAGGAUGGAUCACAGAAAGAGGAUCAAGCGAGGGAGGAGGAUGGUGCUGCGGCAUCUCAGGAACUACCCACGGCCGCAGGAUCCAGUUCGCUGUCGACACCGAAGCCCAAGACAUGGACAUGGCAUAUUCCCAGUUCGUCGCCGGACGAGCUACAGGCCGACUAUCACCCCUUCCCCCGAAAACAGGCCCCUCUGUCGCCGAUUCGACCCAACACUGGUCAACCGGACCCAAGUGGCGAUGGUAAUGAUAAUGAUGACGAUGAUGAUGUGGUUUCCCCGCUGUCGUCUCCGCCAUCGUCGCUUCGCUCUUUGCCGUUAAACGAGGAUGAUCAGGUCGAUAAAAAUGGAACGCAACCGCUGCCGGAGAGGAAUAUAGUGGACCUACUUCCUCCACCUGAUUCAUCUCUGCUUCGCUCUUCUCCGCCUGCAGAGGAUGCUGAUAGGAAUGAUGCCGAGGAUACGGAACAGCCGCCAGGGAAUAACCUUGAGGAUUUGCUGCCUCAACUGGAAAUCCCAGACGACAUCCUACAGGAAUUGACCCAGCCAGCGAGGAGAUCGCUACGACAACGAAACCCUAUUCAGCUGCACCCUUACCUCUUGGAAGACGCGAAAUAUCAAAGCCUGAUGAAGGCAAGAGGUGUCAAACCACUGCGCAUUGCUCAAUACCAGGAAGCGUUGCGCGCAGCCAGGGAGAGUCAAGGCCAGGAAUUUGUCGAUAAUGCGCCGCCUCCAUCAAGCAGCCCAGUGUUGGGAUCAUCGUCACCCGCGAAAAACAGUGGCUUGCCUGAAGUUAGCCUUCAGAACCGAAUCCACCAACUCUCUCCCACCCAAGAACGGUCUGCGGAUGCUAUUCGAGCUCCCAAGAGACGCAGGAUAGCGAAACCCGCCGCCGACGGCCGCCCUCAAUCACGGCAUUUGGCUCGCCCUCAGGUGCUCAUUGACAAUUCUUCCUCUCCCGUGCAUGUGAAUGACAAUUCGAUGCGCGAUGUCCCCCCUAGCCCACCACGCUCAGGAAGCCUUUCCCCUGAUCAAGCCCCACGGAUAUUCAAUGGAUUCAGGUUUCCUCGGGGGUUCAGCCCACCGCCAUUGAACACACCAAGUACUACUUCGAAACUGGCGGAGAAGGACCGGGGUGAUGAUGUGAAUGAUUUGGAACUGUCCGACGGCGGUUUUGACCUGGGACCUGGGGAUGCCGAGUCGAUAGCGCCCCAAGCUGAACGCAUCGAUUCAGACGAAGACGAGCAGGAUGCGGAGGACGGCGAAGAUGAAGGUCAAGCCGAACACCAAGAUGAGAGUGCUGUGAGGAGAUUCCAGCGCAGAAUAAAAGGCGUCCUUCCUGCCUCCUGGCUACGAUUGGAUCAGCAAAAGCAGCAAGAUACCCGACUUAACUCCACGCAGCGAGCGAACGAGAGAAUGGCUAGGAUGGGGAAUGCCAAAGGGGUUGCCAAAAAAGUCACCAAGAGUACUUAUGGGACACGUCUUAGUCCGAGAAGGAGACUUGAAUCACUGCAGGGUCUUGUUGAUGGGGAAGAUAGCGAAGAAGAUGAAGCUGGAAGCAAUGUCGAUACCCGUCAAGCUCUGGCUGAUUUGGUAGGCUUUGAUGACCCAUUCAAUGAUCCAGAUCCAGAUCUAGAUCCAGAUCCUGCAGGUGAUAUUCUUGAGGACAACCGCAUCGAUUACAUGUUUCCAGCCGCGAAGCGCACGUCUUCGGCUCGGACUGGAAAGCAGGAAAAGAAACGGUCGAGACCUGAGGGGAGCGGCAGCCGGUUUGGUGAUCACUCUAAGAGACCUCGCCUAAAAAGACAAACGAGGCUUACGGACCCCGUGCAUCCACCGAGAAGGGAGAAGAAAAGGUCUCUGCCUGCUCCCAGACUCGGCAUAUUGGAUGCUCCAGAUAUUACGGCUCAACCUCGAAGUCAGCAGCCGCAAUUUCUCCGAGUCGCUGCUCGGCGAGUUCGUUCCCGACAAGACAGGGGGAGGCGCAGCCCUUCUCGAAAGGUCAUCCAGCUGAGUACGAGGGCAGACACGGAAGAUGCCAAUACGUCCUUGCGUGAAUGGCGUACAGGUCGCCUUCGGCAAACUAAGUUGCCGCGGCCUCAAACCAAACCCCAAGGACGGGCGGCUUUGAAAGACCUUCCUACGAAUAGAAGCAACCCCUUUCAAACCCACAGGUCUCAAAACACAAACAUCCAGAAUAGAUCUGAAGUCCAGAACGAAGAAAGCCAGAUUGAAGAAAACCAGAUCGAAGCAAACCAGACCGAAGAGAACCUGGCCACUCAACCUGCGCCAACGGGAGACGAGCCGACUAAUCCAAAUUCUGAGAAUACCAACCCCGCUGCAAGCUCUAGACAGCGAGACCAAGGCAACAAAUGGGUUGUUCGUCGAAAUGUUACGGUGUCUUCCUUGAGGAGGAACGCCCCAAGGCCCGCGAUCCCAGAGGUGGCCAGCUCUGAUAACUAUACCGCGUUCCCAUCUCUUCACCGGUCUCUUGCAUUACUUAAUGGAAAGAGCCACCAGAGGCCGCCCUCUAGCGCUUACCAACAGAAUCCAAUCAUGCGACGGUUUCUCAAAAGCAUGCCUACACCUGUUGUUGAUGACCCGGGGCCUGUCACUGCGCAAACAUCAAAUGCAUCGCGCGACGUACCACCGGCGACGAAUGUUCGGGCACCGCGGCGACAGAUUCGAAAACGCCCUCCCCAACGAUUGAACGUCACCUUGAGCGGGAACCAGGGGACGCUUGCAUUAUCCACGUCAGAUCCGGAGCCACUGGAGAUUGAAAGCAGAGAUAUUCAAUCACCGGCCUUGGCUUUGGGUGGCCUCACAGGGUUUCAGAGCUCGUAUAGCGUCAAUUUCAACGUCGCUCCUCUGCACUCCGGUACAUUCUUUCGCGAGUCUACAUUUAUAGGCAGCGGUGAGUUUGCGCGUUCUCUCGACCUCGACAAGCGGGAUCUGGACAGAGAUGCAGGAUUUUACUCCUUCAAAGUUGGCAAAUACAGCUUUCGCUGGGGUCCUUGGAAUGAUAGUGUGUCGUCAGAGCUGGGGAUCGUUUUUGACACUACGCUCGAUAAUAUUGGAGAGAGUGACGAGGUUGAGGCUAUUGAUGAACAUCCGUCUAGCGUUGGUAGCGAUGCUUACAGGGAUUUGAUCAAGUACGUUACGGAGGUAAUGACGUUCAUUGAUCCCAUCGACAGAGUUGGGUUUGUGCAAAGAGUUAAUUCCCUUGCCUCCACGCUUAAUUAUAGCAUGGUGGCCCUGGCAUCGAAAUUACCCCGUGACCUGGAAGCAGUUACAAAGCUAGUUUCCUAUAACCUCGUGCUGAUUCACCAAGCACACCAAAUUGCAUGCAAUAGCAAUGGCCUGGUCGACGCCGGCGUUGUGAGCGAAGUUUCGGAGCUUGUCAAACUGGCCUCUAAGCCUAUCGUCACAGUUAUUUCGAGCGUUGCGGGGCAGGCCAACAUCUCCAAGUUUCUAGAGGAGCAGAAGUCUCAAGAAAUGCGCGAGUCGGGGGCAAGGGAUAGCUAUCCUGUCGUCGAGGCCUAUAUCAUUCUCCGCAAAAUUUUGGAAAGCAUAGAUAGCCCUAGCGGGCUGCUAGGUGAUCUUCUCACCGAAGAGUAUUCUACACUGAGCACCGCGAAGGAGAUUGAAUCUCUGGAAACUGGGUGGCACCGAAUAUUCAAUAGUCUCCCCUUGAACGAGAUGGAUGCAUUCGGAAUUGCCCGAGUUGGAUCUCGUUUUAGAGAGAAGCACGACGGCUGGCCGGUAAUCAGACAGCUACUCAAGCCGGUGUUCCAGGCCAAGGAUCCUGACUACCCAGCACCCGUCUCCUAUAAUAACUACUGUCGGGUUUUGUUCCAUCGAUGCCACUAUCUCAUCAACGGCUGGGGCUGGCGGGACUGCAAGCCAAUCCUUGACACUCUUUUUGACUUGUUCGCGAAGAAUACUCUGUACAACCUGAAACCUGAGGACAAUUACACGUCUCCAGCUUUCCUCGACGAGCUCGACCGCAGCCCAUCCUUGGAAGUGCAGACAGGCGACCCAUGCUUUCAUAUUUUCUUGAAAACUAUCGGUAGCGGGCUGCGGUUUUUGUCAAAAGUGUACGAAAAGAAAAAGGUCCGGAACAUCACCUGGCGCUUGUUGCCCAACCAUGGCCGAGAGUACCCCAAAGAUCGACCUAUUCAUCAAACCGAUUUGGACGCUCUGAGAAAUCACCACGACCUCCUUUGCACUUUGUAUUUUGCGGUUCCUGAUGGCUGUCGUCCUCGGCUUGAAACGAUCAAAAAUCUUGUGGACCCGGCCCGCUCUCAUCAAGAGACAUGCAAUAUCAGCCUUCGCUCCUGGUCUAGGCUUGCUCGAUUCAAACUCUUGACAGAUGAAGAUAUGUCUGGUUUAGAACCGUUUGCAGACUGGCACUGCUACUUUGUUUCCAAAUUGUUGGAACAGCACACCCUGGCCCGAGAAGAAGUGGAGGCCCAAAACACUGGUGAAAACAAAUUCUCUCACCAGCUAAUCGAGCGCACGAUUUCGCAGAACCAGCGACAGAUUGAAUCGCAAUUGAAAACAGCCCUGAACCUGUUGCAGAAUGCCAUCCGAGUGGCUCCUUCAUUGGAUCACGCAGAGAAACUGGUCUCCAAAGAACCCAUCAAAGCGGUAUUAGGUCUUUUCAACUCCAAGGUUGCUCGCGUGAAUACAACUGUCAUCGAGGCCCUUCAGGUAAUAGUGGUCUAUCUUGAAAAAUGCCGCCCACAGCCUGCUGUUGGAUCAGCCCAUGUUCCAGCCCCAGUCGAUGAAGAUAGUCAAGAGUUCGGAGAUUGGGGAGUUUUCGACGUUCUAUACCAGGAGGAAUCGCCGCCAGCGGUCACCGUGCCUCCGGGCGUCGAACACGUGAACAAGGUCUUCCAUCCGGCUGUCUCGCGCCUUGUGUCCAAUUGUUUUGGCGAAGAUCAUUGCCCGGAGGAUGCUAUACUUCUGAGCGUCGUAGACUGCUGGACCUCUUUGGCGGAGGUGCUUGUGAAGCACAAGUUGCAGCACUGGGACGGUUAUUUCAGCCAGUAUGGUAGCGAUUAUUCUUGGACGGCACUCCGGUCGACCAUGCAAACCAGGAAAUUUACCCCCAAAUUCCUCGCAAGCUGUAUCGAGAAAGACUCCCAGGUUGUUUCUGAAUGUAAAACCCAGGUGUUUAGCAUGUGGAUGUCCAGCUUGGUGGAAAGAGAAUCGAUUCUUAAAUUCCAGCAUUGUCUGACAGAAGCUUUGCUGAAUCAGGACUCGUCAAAUCCCAUUCUGCAGAACCUGCCUUUUUCAAGUGACAAAAUGGACGGCCAGUACUACAUUACGUUACAAGAGCUACGCCAGCGCAGGGUGUCUCUCAUCUCAAGUCUCCUAGCAAACAUGCGCUCGCAUGUACAGGAGUUGGAAGAUACAGAAAGCCCUGGUCUCUCGAGUACCAAACAAGAAUACAAGGAGCUUAUCCAGCAACUUAUGUCGUCCAUGAAGGCGAACUACCAGGAGCUAGGCAGCGGACAAGCCAGCGCGCAGGGUGAAUAUGUGGGCUUUGUUCACCGCGUUGUUGGUUUCCUGCAACAACAUACGAGAGAUAUCUGCUUGGUUGACCCAUUCUUCACCGACCCAACAUCGUUCCCCUUGCCAUCGACCGAUCCAACGUACAUCGUGGCGAGACUGAAGGGCUAUGAGCCCAAGUUAUCCUCUAAGAAGGUUGCGAAGAUGUUGAUCACGUUUAUCCAAGGCGUCUCCGAACGAGCCGCGAUCGACGGACAGCAAGUCUAUCUCACCGGACAGCUGCAUGCAUCGAUGAUGGAUUCGCAUGAAUCAGGAGACCCGGACCGGCCUACCUUGCGAGCCACCCUCCUGCAGGCCGUAUUCCCGGCUUACCUCGAAACUGCGUUCAGCAACCCUGCCGCAUGGGUGCUAUGUCGACCGAUAAUCAACGUUAUCUCCCUGACCUUCAAAGAGCUACUCUUCAGCAUGGAUGCCACAGAUUCCAGCUGCGUCGCAUCUCUCAUCGGCAUCUUCAACACCGUGUUCCAGUCAUCCCACCACGCGCUGAGAUCCAUCAUCCACAACGUCAACAUGCUAAACGACCCCUCGGUCGUGAUAACCAUAGCCUCUUUCCUCGAAAUGAUCACAUCUUCUCUCCGAGUCGUCGAUUACAUUGACCGGACCAGCGAAGCAGCCGACCCUCUCAUUUCACAGAUCCGCAUGUUCGGCCAACUCACCCUUUUCGCCACCUCCUAUCUCAAAGACCAACCCCUAACCGACUCCCUUGACGACCUAGCCGAGUCCUCAACCACCCUCACAGAAAAUCACAUCCAGACCGCGAACACAACCCCCGCCUUCUUCCAAGAAAUCCGCACCUCCGCAACCCGCGAGUUACAAACCUACCUCCACGAAAGCUGGUCCCACCACCAGGGUAAGUACUACUUCACUCGUCGAGGAAACCAUCAGCCUCAGGAAAUUGCCAUCGAGCCGGAGGUUGUCGCGGACUUGGAACUUGCGCCAUGUAGGACGUUAGAUUCCGCGGCGCGUUCGUUUCUGGAUACCGCGAGGAAGUUGGAUCUUUUGGGUGAUUUGGCGAUGAGGAUGGAUCCUGUGGAGUUGGAGUUGGAGGGGGAAAGGGGAGAGAGAGGUGGAGAUGAGCCUGGAGUUAUAGAUGUGGAUGUCGAAAUGGAUCUAGGCAAUAGUGAAGGGGAUGUUGUUGAGAUCCAGCCGGAUCGAGGUCUAGAUCUGCCGUUGGAUUUGCUCAUGUAUACAAACGCAUAUUGA